UAGGACACAUUUAGGUGCGGAGAUUUCGAUCCGGGGUGAAAGAAUUUGGUGUUGCACGGAGGCUGAGCACGUGGAGUUUCCGGAAAGUCUUGAUAUGCCCGUGUUUGUCAAGUCUGGAGAAGAUGAACUGCAACAGUCUAAGCCAAGCAGUGGGUCAGGAAGGUACUGGGGUCUACUGGGGACAGGAGUACUGGGAGGAACAUUGGUUUUAUUAUAUGCUGUGGCAACCCCAUUUGUAACCCCAGCUCUCAGAAAAAUCUGCCUCCCCUUUGUACCAGCAACUCCAGCUCAGAUAGAAAAUGUACUGAAAAUGCUUCGACUGAGAACAGGAUCGCUGGUUGAUAUUGGAAGUGGUGAUGGGAGAAUUGUUAUUGCAGCAGCAAAACAAGGAUUUAAAGCUGUUGGAUAUGAGCUGAACCCUUGGUUGGUUUGGUACUCCAGAUACAAAGCAUGGAGAGAAGGCGUACAUCACAACACAGAGUUUUAUAGGUCCGAUUUGUGGAAGGUCUGCUUUUCACAGUACAGCAAUGUAGUAAUCUUUGGGGUUCCACAAAUGAUGUCACAGUUGGAGAGUAAGCUUCAAAAUGAGUUGAAAGUCACUGCUAAAGUGGUUGCCUGCAGAUUCCCGUUUCCUACGUGGUUACCGGAUGACACCGCUGGGGAAGGAAUUGACACUGUAUGGGCAUACGAUGCCCAGACAUUUAAACUGGCAAAGUUAGAAGCUUCUGCAGUGGCAAGUACUGAGAAAUGAUGAAACAAAGCAUAUCAAAAGACUUUUUUAAUAAAAGAUAUUCCAGAGAUUUUUACAAAAUGAGAUUCAUUCUGUAUUUGUGUGAAACCUUUUAUUGAAAUGGGGUUGUUAGUCUAAUUUAAGUAUAAACAAAAAUGUACAUUGUGUAGUGUGCAAAAAAUAACAUUUUUAUUUUCAUUUGUUA